GGCCCCGCCCGCUCGAUUGGCCAGGCCUGUCCCGGGCCCGCCCGCGCGGGGCCUGCCGGGAGCGGCGCGCGGGGGAAGAUGGCGGCGCCCGUGGCCGGCGCGGGCCGGGACCCGGCUUCGGAGGCGGCGCCGGGCGUGGGGCGGCUGCAGGAGGAGGCGCUGCGGAGGAAGGAGCGGCUCCGCGCCUUGCGCGACCGCACGCUCAAGACUAAGGACAGCGGCGAACCUGCAAGCAAGCAGCUCCGAGAAGAUGAUGAAGAGAGCGCCGUCAAACACAUGGAGCUCCGGCUGCGCAAUUACAACCCUGAAGAUGAAGAGCUCAAGAAAAGGAAAGUGCCUCAGGCCAAGCCAGCCUCAGUGGAAGAGAAGGUGAAAGACCAGCUCGAAGCAGCCAAGCCGGAACCCAUCAUCGAAGAAGUGGAUUUGGCCAACCUGGCUCCCCGGAAGCCGGACUGGGAUCUAAAGCGAGAUGUUGCCAAGAAGCUGGAGAAAUUAGAGAAGAGAACGCAAAGGGCGAUCGCCGAACUGAUAAGAGAGAGGCUAAGAGGCCAAGAGGAUGAUCUGGCAUCGGCCGUGGGAUCAGCAAAACAAGAAGAAAGUGAUUCUGAUUGAAGAGGGCCAGCUGGCUGCCCCUGGGCCUGUCGGAUCCACCUUGCUGCUCACCUCAGCCCCCACGGACUCAGGCACAGGGGCUUCUCCCAGUGGGAUACACUGGUGCUUUAGCUGUACACCCUGCUGGAAAGGGACAGAUCAAGGCAGCCCCGUUCUAGAAAACCAGGCUGUCUAACUUUGCAAGUGCAUUUCACAUGGGAGUGUCUUGGGGUAUGUCUACAUUGCAACUGGGAGGUGCAGCUGCAACCUGGACAAACACUUACGUUAGCUUUAAUCCCAUCAGCUCACACACUGGUAGCAGUGACAGUGAGGCAGCAGCCAGGUGUGCAGAGCCCAUCAUUAGGUGUCCGUUCUUGGUAAAAUAAAAUCUUCACUGUUCUCAGUUCCCCAGCUAGCGCAAGUGUCUGUUUGCUGCAAAAGGGUCUCCGGACUGCGGCGUAGAUGUACCCUGCAGUGCUCUUGCCCUGUGCUGCACACUCUGCUCCAAGAGACUGUACCUGGUGCAGGACAUGGGCUCAGGGGUACAGGGGAAAUAGGGUUCAAUGGGGCUGUCCUGAGCUUGUCAUAUAAAAGAGGGUCAGCAGUAGGGAUCAGGAUCAGACUGAGACAGAAAAUGCCAGAUUCACAGCAGCCACAGUCCCACACUCCCAGAAGCAAAGCCCUGUGCUCAGUGGGAAGGUCACCAUAGCAAUACAGGCCCUGCCUGCACUGCCCAGGGAACCAUGCAGCAUCUGCCCAGCUCGACCAAUGGGCUGGAGAAGGGGUUACCACUUUCCCUGACCAGUACAGACCAGUAUAUUUCCAUGCAGUGGGGGCUGGUGCACACAGGUCCCUUUAUUUCCUUGCUGCCCUGUUUUCUCUCUCUUGCAAUCUGAGCACCCAGCAGAACUGUAACACAUCAGUUAUUGCCUUUGAUGGGGGUUUGAAUUGCUGCCCAGCUUUCCGGCACUUCGAUAUCAAAAGCAACGAGGACUGUAACUUGUUGCAUAGAGACCCCGCUGGAGAUGAGAUCCUAUCUGGCACGGACAAAAGAAUUCCUCGGCCCAUUGUGAAAUGGCUUUGUUGCUCGAGGAUUAUAUUCUAGGCUGUGGGUCAGGGAAAGAAGCCUCUACUUUCUAGCAGAGAGGCCAGCAGACCAUUUGCAUUUUGUUUUUCUGUUCUCUGGUCCUUCCCUGGGGGGUGGCACAGCGUGCAUCAUAUCAGUGCUUUUUUUUUUUUUACUGGCCAAGCUUGGCUCUAAUAGUUUUCCUAAUAAAAUGAUCCAACAGA